CUACCGUUCAGGCGCUGGGAAAAUGACGGCACAAAUUUUACGUAGAUCGUCCACGACCACGACCACCCUUCAAGGAAGGUGGCAGUCACCCGUCGGGCUUUGCACACCGGGUCGUGGUGAAAGGGUGGAGAGAGCCAGGGCCGACCUGAACAUGCACGGCUACCACGUCCCGUUCACCAAGUACGAAGUGAAGGACACCAACAUCGGCCUAAGGGUCCGACCUCUAGGAGCUAUCCAGCCUCGCGUAACGGGAUCAGGUCUGCCGGGCAGAUUUCUGCUGCACAAUCUGCACUUCCACGUCGGUCUCGACGACACCUGUGGCUCUGAACAUACCAUCGACGGCGAAAAGUUUGCUAUGGAGGCCCACUUUGUCCACUACAGCGACCGGUUCAGAAGCUUCAAAAGAGCCGCGACGGAGAGGGACGGCUUGGUCGUGAUUUCAGUCCUCUUCAAGCUGUCCGACGAUAAAAGCCCGGAGUCCCUGCAAGCCAUUAUAUCCGCGAUGGAGUCACCCGAAAGGAGAAAGGUACGACUAAAUAUUUGCAGUGCUAUAACCCUCAACACUUUCAAUUUUGAGGCUCCGCUAAUUUUGAGCCAGAUGCUUCCCGGCGUUCCUCCGACGUCGUACUUUCUCUACCCCGGAUCCUUGACGACGCCUCCGUGGUCCGAGAACGUCACCUGGGUGGUGUGCACGCAAACCUUGGAGGUCACGCCAGCCUCACUUGCAAGGUUCCGCAAGAAUGCUGCCGUGCGCUGCAAGGGCAACAUCCGGCCAAUACAACCGCUGGGCGGGCGGCAAGUGAUUCUGUGCACCUGA